ACAUGUAUCAAACGCAUUUUAUUACCAUCUACACUUCAAAUCGGCUCCACCCAUCACUUCCCCACCAUAUUUAUGAAGCCUUUUUCAUCCCAAGAGUUAUAUGCAAGCAAUGUCAAAAUCGGCGAGCUUGCACGUGCUGGUAAUAUACAAGCCGCCCGCCAACUGUUCGAUAAAAUGACAACAAAAGAUGUUGUCACAUGGAAUGCUAUUAUCACUGGUCACUGGCAAAAUGGAUUUCUGGAAGAAUCAAAGAUUUUGUUUCAAAUAAUGCCAGUGAAAAAUAUAGUCUCCUGGAAUAGCAUGAUAGCUGGCUGCAUUGAGAAUGAGAAGAUUGACCAGGCCCUUGACUACUUUCGAGCCACGCCCAAGAGAAAUACCGCCUCAUAUAAUGCAAUGGUAUCAGGUUUUGUAAAAUAUGGUCGCAUAGAGGAAGCUAGCCGGCUCUUUGAAGAAAUACCACGGAAGAAUGUUAUUUCUUACACUGCAAUUAUUGAUGGGUAUAUGAAGAUAGGGGAGGUUGACAAGGCAAGGGCAUUGUUUGAUUACAUGCGAUGUAAAAAUGUUGUUUCUUGGACGGUGAUGAUUAGUGGAUAUGUGGAGAAUGGCAGGUUUGACGAAGCGAGAGUAUUGUUUGGGGAGAUGCCAGAGAGCAGUAAAAAUGUUGUAGCGUUCACGGCUAUGAUCAUGGGGUACUGUAAGGAGGGGAUGGUGGAAAAUGCCAGAUAUUUGUUUGAACGAAUUCAGAAAAAAGACCUUGUGUCUUAUAAUGCAAUGAUCAGCGGUUAUGCACAAAAUGGUGCUGGUGAGAAAGCAUUGAGUUUGUAUUCAAAGAUGCUUGGGAUGGGCAUGCAACCAGAUCAGGCAACCCUUGUUUCAGUUUUCACUGCCUGUUCUGCUCUUGCAUCUCUUACAGCAGGGAGACAAACUCAUGCAUUUGUUAUAAGAAAUGGGUUUGGUACAAAUGUGUCUGUAUGUAAUGCUUUGAUUACGAUGUACAGCAAAUGUGGUAGCAUUCUUGAGUCUGAGUUAGCUUUUAGAGAUAUACACACUCCAGAUACUGUUUCGUGGAAUACAAUUAUUGCAGCAUUUGCUCAGCAUGGACUCUAUGAGAAAGCUCUUAAAUUUUUCAGCCAGAUGACUUUGAAUGGCUUUGAACCAGAUUGGAUUACUUUUCUUAGUUUGUUGUCUGCUUGCGGACAUGCAGGGAAGGUAAAAGAGAGCACAUAUUUGUUUGACUUGAUGGUAAAAGAUUAUGGAAUUGUCCCUAGGUCUGAACACUAUGCUUGCUUGGUUGAUAUAUUGAGUCGAGCUGGGGAGUUGGAGAAGGCCUGUCAAAUUAUUCAAGUUAUGCCAUUUGAAGCUGACACUGCGGUCUGGGGUGCUAUUCUUGCUGCUUGUAAUAUAUAUCUGAAUGUGGAAUUAGCAGAAUUAGCAGCCAAAAAAAUUAGGGAUUUGGAUCCUCAUAGCUCGGGGCCUUAUGUUAUGCUGUCCAACAUAUAUGCCGCGUCUGGAAUGUGGAGAGAAGUUACUAGAGUGAGGAUUCUAAUGAAAGAGCAACAAGUUAAGAAGCAACGAGCUUAUAGCUGGAUGGAAAUCGAUAAUAAAAUGCAUUAUUUCUUAGGAGGGGAUAUAUCACAUCUAGAUACUGAUGAGAUUUAUUUGGAACUUAAGAGGGUCAGUCUACAUAUGAAGUGUAUGGAUGAUAUUGCAGAAAUUGUUUCAUCAUGGAGAAUUUUUGAUUGACAUACGAACUGUUUGAUGUGAGUUGUGGUAUGCUGAUGGAAUAACAUCUUUGGUAGAAAAGCCUAGAAUCAAUUCAGUGAAUUCCAAAGUGAAUGCAUAUAGUGAAAGGAAACCUGUGUAGCAAUUGGUAAGAGGAACGGAGAGGGUGAUUGGUUUUAUGACUAGAUAGAUGGAUGCUUUCUAGCUAGUGAGAGGACGAGGUAUCACCCAUUUAUGAAGGUGUAUCUUUGCCUUAGGUUCUAUUGGUUGUGCAAUGCUUUAAGUAGACAGAUUAUUGAAAUACAGAGCCAGCAAUAACGUACAGGAUUGAAUACUUCUGGAGCUGGAUAGUUCAACACUGGAACAUGGGAUUUCAGAGUUUGAGUGUUUUUUAAGGUUAUACAGAAGCAUAACAGAGAUUUGACAGACUGCAUGUCAAUUCAUGUGAACGAAAAUGGAGAUGGAAGAUGAAAAAAUGAUUAAUUUUAUUUUGAUAAUCAUAGCUAGUUAAUGAUAGUCUAAUUUGUGAACCAUAUCCUUAUGGCACGUUACGUUUUGUGGCUUCUUCUUGUACUCAGGUUAUCUUUUAAGGCCUUUAGGAUCCAAUA